AUGUCACGUGAUUCAACUAACAAUUCUCAUCAAACCUUCACUCCAUCCACUCUAUCCACUCCAAGACAGUUUGUUGACACUUCAACAAUACUACCAAAUGCCAAAUUACAACAUAUUGCAGCUGAAAAGAUCAAUUCAGCUGCAAAAAGCCUAGCUGAAUAUCAACGAAUGAUAGAGAUCACUACAGAUGACUCAAUAAAAGUUUUGUUAUCAUCUAAGAUAAUUGAAGAACAAAAAAAUAUAUCAAUACAACAUGCACAGCUAACAAAGCUGAAACGUCAUGCUGAAGCUCAAUCAAGGCUAGCAGCAAAAAAACAGAAAUUGCUAGAAGAGG